AUGUUAGGGAAGGAUACAGGCGCAUAUAAAGGUCAUGUGUGCUAUGGUUGUUCACUUCCUGAAGCUUUAGAGCAUAUUAAAACAGAAGGCAUCCCAAAAGAACUCCCGGACUCCAAUACCUUUUUUUGCGAUACUGAACCUCCAAGUGUUGGUCUAAUGAAGCACAAGAUCAAAUCUUAUCUACAUUUCAGCACCGACAAAGCUCUUGAUCACCUUCCCAUUCAACCGAUUGGUUUGUUUGCCCUCAAUUGUGGACGUAAUGUAUACGAAGCCCUCUUGCUAGAGAAUUCUUAUUUCACGGGCUAUCAUAGAGUUGUGAUUCUACAGGUAGAGAUGUAUAGGGGAAUACAAGUUGCCUUGUGCAAAUUGAGUAACGGGGUUAAGGUUGGUGAUGAUGGAUACGUUCGGGUGUCCUUAGAAGUAUUGUACAUGGUGAUUGGUGCUGUAAGACAAGGGGCAAAAACUGUUCGGGGAUUCUUAGAAUCUUCUUCAUUAAGUAAACAUAAAGAAAUCACAUCAGCUUAA